ACAGAGGUGGACCUAUUGAAAUCAUUCGCUGUAGGAAAAGACUGAAAUAGGAAGACCAGGAAGUGUUGACGCGGUUUACAUCUGUCGGUCAUUCGAAGAAACAGUUACAAACAUUUUAACUUUAAAGGAUAAAGCGUAACACUUGUUUUCCCCCGUGGAGUAAAUUAAAACACCAAACAGUGAAAUCAUGGGGUUGGCUGAUCCAAAUAGUACGGAGCCAAGAGAAGGAGAGUCUUCACAGGUAAUGGAUCCAGUUAAAGCUCUGCAGUCUCAAGUGGAUGAGGUCAAGGAUGCUAUGACCCAGAAUGUAGAUCGGAUCCUGGCCCGUGGAGAAAGACUGGAUGAUCUGAUGGGCAAAUCUGAAGACCUGCAAGCUGGGGCCCAGAACUUCAAGCACACCUCUCAGAAGGUUGCACGUGCCUACUGGUGGAAGAAUGUGAAGCUGAUUGUGGUUAUUGUUGUGAUAGUCCUCAUCAUUGUACUGAUUGUCAUAUUCCUUGCUACUGGUGUGAUCCCGACUAGUACACCUGCACCCAAACCUCCCACUGUGAGACCACCAUAGGAUUUCUAUCAGUUACAAAUGCUCACACAUACACAUACAGAUAUAUAUAUAUAUAAAACCAUGUCCACACACUAGCACAAAUCAUAACUUCAGGAAUUCACACACAUCAUACACACACACACACACACACACACACAUACAUACCUUUUAUUUGCACAUUUUGCUCAUGUACCUUCAUAUCUCAUGGUAUCACACCACUUUAUAAAGAGUACCUUCCAUAAUGACAGCUUCUAAAACGUAAAGUGGAGGAUUUUAAAAAGUACUUCUACUUCUCUCCUCCUGAAAAGUCACUUCAGCUGUCUUUAUGGUUCCCUAAAGCAUGAUAAAAUACCAAAACUGUAAAAGUACUUGCAAUAUUGUUCAUAAUGAAGGAACACUUGAAAUAGUCAUAUACUGGCAUUGAUCCAUAGAAGGUAAUGGGUGAAAGUUCUAUCUAUUGAAUUAUGAAGUAUAUUUAAGACUGUUAUAUUAGAUUAUGUAAGAUGUUACUUGUAAUUAUGGAAUACUUUUAUAUCUUAGAUCAAGUGUUUCUAUUUUGUAUUUGAUGGGUCACUGUCUUUGUGCUUUUGCCUACGAUUAUGUUAUUUGUAAAAGGUCAAACAAGAAUGUGUUCUUACAACUGUUGCAUUGCCCAAACACACCAUUUCAUUGGGGAAAUUAUAAAAUUGUAAGAUGUUUGGAUUAAUUUUCCAGUCUUAAAUCUUUACUGAAAAUUGGCAAUGCCCCAAACCUCAUAACAGAGAGAUUUUCGUCCUAUAGAAUGUAUUAACAUUUUUUAAUUGAACAAGAGCACCUGAACAAGGUCAUUUAGAUAGCAAAAUUUAGAUAGGAAUGAUGGAUAUUUUCUGUGUCCUCAUAAGUCACUGCAUUGUAUUUGACAUGUACCACAUGCAGUUAGUACUGUAAUCAGAAUUUGAGUGUACUGCAUCAAAAGUUUGGCCUUGCACUGUGGGAGCUUAAUGAAACCCAAGACACAUAACUUGUUCCUGUUUCGAGAACAGAGGAGGAAUGUUUAAGAGUCUGUACUGUAAGUUUUUUUAUUGAAAAAAUGUCUCAAUUCAGCCAAUGAAAAUUACUUCUCUGAAUGUUCUUGUUGGUUGAUCUUAAAUUAGUCUACUGGGUAGCUUUAUGCAUUUUGCUUGGGAGAGGUCAAGGCAUUGGAUGUCUAUAUGUAGUCAGAAUGACUUGACUGUUCGAAUGUUUGGAAACCUGAGUCUUAUUAUGCUGUAUCUUUUGUUGCUUCCAUUAACACUUUACUGUAUGUAAAAAUAGGAGGUGUUUAUGCACAUGUUAUUAUAAACAAACCAUUUAAUCAAAGAAAAUAAUUUUGAUCAAGACACUGAAUCAUUUUUUAAUCAUCUACUACAAAUAAUAAUUUAAAAACCCUUUAAGUGCCUUGAAUUUGAGUCUUACUAGCAUAAACAAACAGUAAGAUCUGGGAAACCUGAUAUUUUGUAAAUAUUUGAUCUCUCAAUAAAACAGAGUAUGACACA